AUGGACCCUCAAAUCCAGCAGAUGCCAGAAAGGUUAGACCACUUAGUCGACAUGAUGUGGCUGGCCCUCCCAGAGACGAUUAUAUAUGAUUUAGGCAUGUCUGGGGUUUUAUUGACGACUCGGGGCAGAACAAGCGCCAUGAAGCCGGCCUUGAUCGUUGAAGCUGUGAUGUUUUUAGUGGCAACUACGCAUCUUGGUGCAAACCUUUGCGGAAUCUAUGUUACCGGAAAAUACGAAAUGCUGAAUACUAUGCAGGUAUCAUUCCUACAGAUACUUGAGGUUCAGCCGACUCUAGUGGACCUCAUGCAACACAGGACUGCAGCCAUGGCUAUUAGCUCUGCCGCGUUCAUAGCUCAGUUGUGGCUAGGCGAUGGAUUUAUGAGAUACAUUCUGAGCAAUCAACCCAGCUGGACAAGCAUUGCAAUAGGUGGCCUAACAUACAUGCCGCUGGUCGCAGUGAGCCUUGUUGUCCACGCGAUGUGUACAAUCAUGAUUGCUUCCAGAAUAAUCUUCCUCCAACGCCAAGUUGGAGGGUCGGUACAUUGCGUCAACGGCAUCAGUCUCACCAAUGUAGCAAUCACCCUCUUAGAGUCCGCCGCUGUGUACUCAGCGUUGAUGGUAGCUCUUCUUGUCAUCUUGACUGAGGUUUUCAUUAAGUCUUCAUCCUCUCGUUUUGAUUACAUGGCCACGGUUAUGAAUGCUGCCGUGCCUUUGAUCGAAGUAAUAUUCUCGGCCAUCAUUACGCGAAUGGGCUUGGGUGUAUCCGUUGAAAUUUUUAAGAUUUCGAGCGCGGGUGAGGAAGGGAAAGUCGCUGAAAAGAGCGCUGGUGCUACGAUAGGAUUACGACGGACAUAA